GAGGGGUUAUUUGAUUCUCUCAUUUUCAUAUUUUUUCUAACAAUAGCAUAGCAUAGCAUAGCAUAUAGCAUGUGGGUUUGUAGAGAGAGAAUGAGAGAGAUUGAGAGAGAGAGUCAAACCCAAUCAUAGGAAUCUGUUUGUCAUCGUGCCGAACACAACAAGCUCUGGUGCCGUUGGUGGUUCGGAGCUAUCGUCUCCGGCGCCGGAGCUACCAGAGAAAGGUUUUGGGGGCAAGAGGAAGAUGAAGGGUCUCUUCAAGUCCAAGCCUAAGACGCCGGUUGAUCUGGUCCGUCUCACCCGUGAUCUUCUCAUCUAUGUCGAUCAAAAUCCUGACUCUCGAGAAACCAAGCGCGAAGAGAAGAUGUUGGAGUUAAAUAAGCUUAUUCGGGAGCUAAAGUCAAUUCUUUAUGGAAAUGGUGAAGCUGAACCAGUAUCCGAAGCUUGUGCACAAUUGACCCAGGAGUUCUUUAGAGAGAACACACUGCGUCUAUUAAUUUUGUGUCUUCCAAAAUUGAACUUAGAGGCCCGUAAAGAUGCCACUCAAGUUGUUGCAAAUUUACAAAGGCAACAAGUUCAGUUUCGGCUGAUUGCUUGUGAUUACUUAGAAGCAAACAUAGAUCUAAUGGAUAUUUUGGUGUUAGGUUAUGAGAACACAGACAUGGCUUUACAUUAUGGUACAAUGUUGAGGGAGUGCAUACGUCAUCAGAGCGUUGCAAGAUAUGUUCUGGAAUCAGAAAAUGUGAAGAAGUUUUUUGAUUAUAUACAACUUCCAAAUUUUGAUAUUGCUGCGGAUGCUUCUGCGACUUUCAAGGAACUCUUGACAAGGCAUAAAUCAACUGUAGCUGAAUUUCUUUCUAAAAACUAUGACUGGUUUUUUGCAGAGUAUAACUCAAAACUACUGGAAUCUACCAACUACAUUACCAGGCGACAAGCUAUCAAGCUCUUGGGAGACAUGUUGCUGGAUCGUUCAAAUUGUGCUGUGAUGACACGUUAUGUGAGCUCAAGGGAUAACUUGAGAAUUCUUAUGAAUCUCCUCAGAGAGUCAAGUAAGAGCAUCCAAAUAGAAGCAUUUCAUGUUUUUAAGUUAUUUGUGGCUAAUCAACAUAAGCCCGCGGAUAUUAUUAGCAUACUUCUUGCCAAUAAAACCAAGCUUCUUCGUCUAUUUGCAGAUUUCAAGACAGAUAAAGAGGAUGAACAGUUUGAGGCAGAUAAAGCUCAGGUUAUUAGAGAAAUUCUGGCCCUUGAGCCCUGGGAUCAACCAUGAAUCAGCUCUGUUCAUCUGUUACCAAGCUAAUGGAGAAAGACGAUGACAAGAAAUAGAUGAUGAUGAUGAUGAAGAGAAGUUGGUGCCAUUGUAAUGCGGCACAUAACUGGUGCCAAGUUGAUUGAUUCAGCAAUCUUAUUAAAUAAUUUGAUGAUGUAUAUUAAUUUCUUCUUUGGUAGCAGUUUAUUAAUGUGCUUGGAAAAUCUGGGUACAUUCUUCCCCUAAAGCUCAAAGGCAUCAAGAAUUAGUUAUUUAUCAUAUUUUUUAUUUUUUAA